UAUUUUCAGAGCAGACUGAAAUUACAGCAGGGAAAAGAUAUGUUUUAUUUUGUACUCAAGUGAAAUCAUUUUGGUUGCAACAAUAUCACUUAUCGAUAAUAUUUUUAUUUCUCGACUUCUGGCAUCCGUGCAUUUGAAUUAAACUAUUAAUUUUGCUGUCAAAAAUCAACCCGUUGUGCGUUUGCGUUCUUGUUCCGCUGGAAUACUAUGGCCAUAUUUUUGUUCCAGCAAAGCAAGCAAUUCGUGAAAAUAGAACCUAUCUUAGAGAACGGCCUCUCCAUUCCAGUAAUUCGAUACACCGACCGUGAACUAGGCAACGGCCUGUAUUGAUAUCCCAUUUGGCAACAUCAGAUUAUCAUCCUCGUAACCGGUAGCCGAAAUGGAUUCUACUGGAGAUACGGUUAAAGAAGACGACGAUGAAAGUUCGUCGUCAUCAUCGAACGUGCAGCAUGCAUUGGAUGAGUUCCGUGAAAAAUGGCAACAAGAAUUAAAGAAAGAUAACACAAGCUGCUCAUCGUUGGGUAAAUCCGAUGCUUUGAGCAGCAAUGAGCUAAUGGAUAAAGAGAAUCUUUCUAUAGAACAACAGGCCAAGGUUUGGUUCAUUCAAGGAACAGAAUUGGAACGAGCUGGUAAAGUCUUUGAAGCCAUGCGUUUUUACCGAAGGGCAGUGCAAUUGGUACCGGACAUUGAAUUUAAAGUGUAUGAUAGAGUAUCUGUCAAACAACAGCAUCGGUCAAACAAACCUAGCUCUGAAGUUGAGCAGCUAACUUCAAGCUUGAUUGAAACAAAUUUGCAAGUAAACGAGAACCUGGAAAAAACAGACAUGGUAUUGCGUUUCCAAACUCUGCUGGCUAAAUCGGGAAAGCUCUUCGAAACUGCUUCAUCUGCUGAUCGAAUGCUUAUUGUAACUUCCGCGCACUUUUCGGAUUUACCGAUGGAAGUUAUCCUGUACAUCCUACAUUGGGUAGUAUCCAGUGAGCUCGAUCUGAAAUCUUUGGAGAGAUUUAGUAGCGUUUGUCGUGGGUUCUAUUUGCUGGCUAGAGAUCAAGAAAUUUGGAAGAAAGCAUGCGUUCGUGUUUAUGGGAUAAAUGUUGGGAACCUGGCAGGCUCUCCAUUUGCAACUUGGCGUGAGAUGUAUAUCAACCGACCACGAGUUCAUUUUCAUGGAUGUUAUAUCAGUCGCACAAGCUAUUUGCGAUUGGGGGAAAACAGUUUUCAGGAUCAAUUCUAUCGACCAGUACAACUAGUGGAAUACUACAGGUAUUUCAGAUUUUUCGCGGAUGGCAAAGUUUUGAUGCUUACCAGUCCUGAUGACCCACAAAGUUGUGUUAGCAAGUUAAAAGCUCGUCAUCCGAUGCAAAGUGAAAUUCUUAAAGGUCAUUACAGAUUGCAUAAUGACGAGGUCAUAAUUGCUGCCCAGAGAAACCGAUUGAGCACACAGAAUCAGCGUCCGGGUCGAAAGAAGGAAAUUGAAUCAGAAUACGGACAACAAACUUUCUAUUUGGAAUUGAAAAUUGUUAGCACAUCUAAACGUACUUUCUCGCAGCUUCACUGGAGACAAUAUUCGAUGAUACAACUCCGCAACAACCAGGAGAAGACUACAACUUUCGAUCUAGCCCCCACCAAAUACCCACCGCUGUAUUUUUCACACGUAAAAAGCUACCAUCAAGAAUCGGAUGGACCCUUGAAAUGAAAAGUUUGUUCCUCGCAGACCCGGAUUUUUUUCCUGGGACUAGGCCAGACAUGCAACUACCACAUUUGCUCGUCAAUUCCAGCGGAGCGUGAUCCCAUUUCUGCCUCUAGCCCCCUACACCCACAUCCGGACCUGGUUCAGCAUCAAGAAUCGCGAUGAAUUUAUUAAAAAUAGGUGGAAAAUUGCUAAAAACUGCUUUUCGCUAAGUAAUAUUUUAUUUAGCUAGCGCAACACAAAGCUGUUGUCUAAACUUUUACUGGAAUAAAAUAUAAUGCAUAGCUAUUUGGUUAAAAAUCGUUAAUGUUAUUAACAAGUGUUAUGCACUGGUAUUAAAUCAUACGUUAAUAAAAGCUUUUUAGUAAUACUUAAAA